CAGGUUUGCCCGACCCGUUUGGGGGCGCCGCAUGUAUGCCGUGGCGGCGGCGCGCGCUCGCGUGAUACUGUGAUGUACCAUCGCCAUCGGCAGCGGCAUCUUCUCGCCGUAGCCAACGUCCGAUUCCAUUCCAUUCCAUCCAUCCAUGCAUAUUAAUCCUUCUCCUCUCUGCGCAGCCGACGCCUAGUGAUAGCUUCCACGCUACUCCCUCUCUCCCCAAGUCUACGGCGGCGUACGUUGAGCCGCGUCGUCGGCGCGGCGACGUCCGGCGGCGCUGGGCCAGGAUGAGCUACUCCGGCGGCUGCUCGACCUGCCUCGAGACCAUCUUCUCCGUCGUGCUCCCGCCGCUCGGCGUCUUCUUCCGCUACGGCUUCUGCAGCUCGGAGUUCGUCGUCUCGUCGGCGCUGACGGCGCUGUUCUACGUCCCCGGCAUCGUCUACUCCGUCUGGGUCGUCAUCCUCAAGACGCCGCCGGAGCCGCCGGGGAUCGACGGGGAGCGGCCGUACUACAUCCUCGCCUGAUCGACCACGCACACACGCCAACGGCCGGUGAAAUUCAGUUAGGUAAUUGGUCGUUGAGCGUUUGCAUAAUCAAAUUACUCUUCUAGCUGUAAUGAUAUUGCAUUAGUAUACUAUGUGGCGAUUGGGAAAAGCUGUAGCUAGUAGUUAGUGGAAUAGUGGUUGGUUCAGGCCUCACGGCCUCCUGAUUGUAGCAAUGAUUAUUGUACUGUUCUUUGUUGGUUCUUCUUAUUUUUCUUCUUCAUUCGACGGGUUUGUGCCUUUGUGGUUGUUUAGAUUGUUCGCCAUGCGGCAUUGCGGCAUGCUGUAUAAAAUGUAAAAUAUAUAGUGGGUUGGUCGAUUCUUGUUUUGAGGGACAAAUGUAUAUGGAUUAUUUGUUAGUGCAUGUAGCAGCUGCUAAUUUGCAGACUUGGAUAUGGAUGAGUCAUGUUUGUUAAUUAGAUGCAUGGAUUUAUUUUU